UAAGUCAGGAUGGAGGGGGAUUUCAUGGACAGGACCCAGAAAUUCUAACCUCCAAACCUGGAUGAGAUGGAUUUCCAGUUCAUUUAGCAAUCUCUCAGUCCUACUCCAAUGAUUAGAAAUAAAUGACCCAGAACCAGGAGAGUUGAUUAUCAACGUGGUGAAGGGGAGGGUUUCAAAGAGCAAGGAGGGCUAAUCAGAUGGAGGGGGAGUGAAUGGAGUUUAGCAGAGUGACUUUUAACCUUCAACAGUCACCCUGGAGUGCUGUGGUGAAGGACCAAGAGUAUUACUCAUUUUCCGAUGGAGAAGAGUACUUAUUGGGUCACCAGCAAUUUGCCUUUGAUCCUCCUCAAAGUCAAGUUUCUCAUUAUUGCCUAGAAAAACACCUAAUUCAGAGGACUGAUGUAUCCUCCUUGAAUACCUUCUUUGGGGGGCAGUGGGAGAAAUUUUAAGACGUAUAGAAAGGAUUAAUAGUAAAAGAGAAGAAAAGAAGAUAAAGGGGAGCAAAUGUCGAGACCCUAAAACCAGAAAUAGAAGUAAAGAAAGAAGCCAGGGUGAAAGAGUAGGGAGAGACUACAGAAAAUAAAAGCCCAGGGGAGUAAGAAGAAAGAAAGAGAGAAAAGGAAAAACUGAUUUACUGCUGAGAAAACUUCUCUCCUUAAGGCCUCUAGGUCAAGAAAUUGGACAUGGCACAGAGCGUGGAAAGGAGGUAAGGACAUCCAGUGUGUGAUCUUGGAGAAGCAGGAGGAGUUCAGCCCAAUGGGAGUGCGAACUCCUGCAGUGAUGGCCUCUGCCCUGGUGUAUUUCAUCCAGCUUCGUUGGGCAAGAUGUGAGGAGAACUGUGUCAGUCCUGAACAUUGCCUGGCCACAGACUGGGUACAUCUCUGGUAUAUAUGGUUGCUGGUGGUAAUUGGCGCAUUGCUUCUUCUGUGUGGUCUGACUUCUGUGUGCUUCCGCUGCUGCCUGAGUCGCCGGCGAAAUGGCGAAGACGAUGGCCAGCCACCCUAUGAAGUGACAGUCAUUGCUUUUGAUCAUGAUAACACUCUCCAGAGCACGAUCACUUCCCUGCAGUCAGUGUUUGGUCCUGCUGCUCGGAGAAUCCUGGCAGUGGCUCACUCCCACAGCUCCCUAGGCCAGCUGCCUUCCUCCUUGGACACCCUCCCGGGGUAUGAGGAAGCACUUCACAUGAGUCGCUUCACCGUGGCAAGGUGUGAGCAGAAAACACCUGAUCUAUCCCCCGUGCCAGAAGAAAAGCGGCUGCCUCCAAUGGAGAAGGAGUCUCCUCAAGCAGAACACUCUUCAAACUGAUAGGAACUCUGGUUUUAUAAGUGGGGUGGGGCUUCCCCCAAAGUUGGUAAAGACAGACAUAUGGAACAUUUUUUUCCAACUUUCAGAAGAUUUUGGAUGACAUGUAAACAUCAUUCAGUGGAAAAGAUGGGUUCCAACUCUUCAUUUCCAGCCACACAUAUUUUCUGAUAUGGAAUGCUCUAAUGGAGAACUCUCAUUCUUUACCCAAUAGCCAAAAUUUGCAACUAACCUCUAGCAAUGCUGAUUGCUACAGAACCAGGAAAACAUCACAAAGAUUUCUUGAAUUCCUUCAGCUCUUGAGUUCCUUCACCCAUACGAUACUGCAAGUUGCUCUUCUCUGUCAGCUAAUAGGUAAUACACUUGAGAAGAAAAACAGCCAUAAACAUUAAUGCACCAAAUUCAUCCUUCCUCUUGAGAGAACACCCACUUUGAUACUGAGUGACAAUGAUAAUCUUGGAUAUCAUGUAAUAUCUAACUGGACAUCCAGAAUUCAGGGGUGGGGUUGCAGGUAUGGGACAGGAGAAUACAGUAUAUAAUUGAAGUGCCAGAUAUCAAGGUCUUUCAUUCACUUUGGUCCUACCAACCAGCGGUAUGAGACAUUGCAUAGAGUGCAGUCACAGUUCUGUUCAUUUUUCAGUUCCUCUUCUAACUUUGAAAGUAUAGUAUCACUUUGCUUCCUUCCUCCUUCCUGCUUUGACCACUUGAAAGUAACGUCUAUAGUGACAAACACUAGACUCUAGUGGUGGCCUUCACUGCCACCUUGUGGAGCCAUGAUGGAAAAUGCAUUCUCCUGUUCGAGCCUAUCUACACACCUCUCCAGUUCCUGCAGCACUAACUGAACUAAGCCUGGAUGAGAUCCUUCUGAAGGCACCCUCCUGCUAUGUAGGGCUAAGUUGUCCACCUAACACAUGAUCUCCAAAAUGUACUACUAUUGGAAAAUUGAGGAAGCGAAUAAUAUUUGAGGAAAAACUAUUCACUAGUGACUGUAGAUAAGUCUCUGAAACCUUUAAAGCACAGUUUGCUCCUCUCCUCAGUCAUCAUGGAGUUCACUCCUGUCACCUCCCAUUUUGUUACUAGCUGUUAGCACCUGUUUGGCUUCAUUUCUUUCUAUACUUAAUCUAAGACAUCUGUUACUCAGCUCAAUCACCUUCACCACUGUUUUAAAAAACUUUUAACCCCUUUCAACUUUCCUAACUUCUAUCCUUUAAAUUCUAAACAUUGGUCCAAUGAAGCUGCUAUCUCCCCCAAGCCUACACUGCUGAGCAGAGCUGCAGAAAAUCUCUCAACUCUACUGAGGUCGUUACAAGGUCACAGUCUCCAACACACCUGAAUAAUUUACCAUUUCUUCCAGAUUUCCUUCAGUAAAUUUCCCAUUUCUUUCAGUAGUUAUUUAAAUUUCAUUGUCUCUCUUCAAACCCUUAACUCUAGGCAAGGGACUUUUCCUCCUAGUUUAGAGAGAAAAAUCAAACCUUUAGGUAACUUCUUUGCCCAAAGCUGCAAACCUCUGUGGAUCUCCCCUUUACUCCUUCCUCUGGUCUCAAUGAAAUAGAUGUCCUUCCUUCUUUUCAAGAAUAAAACUUCUAAUUGUGCUUUGUAUCACA